AACUUGUACCUAUUGUUUAUUCCUAAUCAGCCGAAAACAUAAAACGAAGACUUUGAUUGGUCAACUCUAAACAUCUGGUUAAUCUUUUUUACGCGCUUUCUGAUUGGUUAGUAAUUGGAGAGUUGUGUAAAUUUACACAAGCGUGAAAUAGCUCAAAAACACGUUGAAAUUUGUUGUGAAUUUCAAGCAAAAAUAAUCAAAAAUGUGAAUGAAAUGAACGAAGACGAUCAAAGAAAAUGGUUGAGUGUAUAUCGAAUCCCCUCAAACCGUCAAUGUUCCUUAAAAUAACUUWAAAAUGGGAUCAGGAGCUUCAGUUCUUCCAGAACAAAUUAUCCAAGACCUUGAGAAAACCACCAACUUUACAUCCAAAGAAAUAAUCAAAAUUCUCCAACGCUAUACUCACUAUGAUACAGAUAACUUCCACUCCAUCCCUAUAAAGUACUUCCUUGAUAUCCCUGAAGUAUCGACCAUCCCAAUCAUGCCGAAGGUCGCAGCACUUUUCCUGGAUCCUGCAACAAAAGGCAUUACGCCUCAGAAUUUUGUGAAUUUAUUUUCCAUGCUGAGCUCAAGAACACCCCUGGAGAAAAGGAAAAAGUUUGCUUUUAAGGUACUGGACACAGAUGGUAAUGGAUUCUUAAGUCAAGACGAGAUGUUUAGCUUUUAUAGAUUACUCCUUGGACCCACACUCACUGAUAAACAAAUACUCAACAUCGUCAUGACAACCAAUAAUAAGCAUGCUGCUAAUAAGCAAGGACUUUCAUACCAAGACUUUCUCAAACUUGUUUCGGAUGAGGAACUCAAGAACCUGUUUACAGUGGAUUUGCAGUUACCAUAGAAACCAUACAUACAUCGAACGUGUGGUUUAUUGAAAUUGACACUAUUUUAAAAAGUUACAAGAAAAGUUGAAUGAACUAUUUACAAAAUUGUGAUAUUUAUAAAAAACUUAUGCAGUAACUUAGAAAUUCAUAAAUAACAGUGCAGAAAUAUUUCUUAAUAAUUUAUACCUUAAAUACAUUCUUGGUAACCCAGGGGUAAAAUUCUGUCCCUUGUUUCUCACUACCAGAAAAAAAUAUUUCAGAACAAAAUCUUUUUUUUUUCUGGCAGUGAGAAAUGAGAGACACAAUUUUACCCCUAGGUUAUGGAGGAUACCUUAAAUACUGCUUAAACAACAUAUAUUUUAGUUGUUUUGCUUCAUUCGUGCAUUAAAUUAUCAAAUAAGUGCAUUUUGAAAAUAAUUCCUAGUUUAUAUGGAAUUUUAAAAUAAGGUUAUUGAUACAGGGGUAAUUAAAACACACCUUAUUUUACCCCGUAUGAAUGGCCCUAUGAUUUAUGUAUAUGAGUAUACGUGCAUUAAAUAACAACAAUAAAUAUAUUGAAAAAUAUUGCGAA